AUGGGGCAGGGCAGUGGCAUGGCCGGGACGGGGCAAGGCAGUAGGGGCCGCGCCGGGACGGGGCUGUGGCAGGGGGGCCGCGCCAGGGAGAGGCGCACCGGGGCGGGGCGGCACCGGGGGGGGGGGGGGGCGGCGGCGGGCAGGGUCCGCGCCGGGAGUCCACGCCAGGGCGGGGCCGCGCCGGGGCGGGGCCGCGCCGGGGUGGCCACACCUGCGGGCCGCGGCGUCGGGGUGGGCGCGGCGCGGCGAUGCCUGUACCGUACCGUCCGCCCGCCGGCAUGCCCUCCCGCCGCCGCGCCGACCGCGGCCCAGGCGCCGCGGGCGAGGUCGACCUGGCCGUCGAGGGCGCGCCCCAGGCGCCGCUUGGGCGGCCGCGGGGAUGGCGACCUCGGCCCCGGCCCCCACCUGUGCUGGUCAGGGCACCGGAUGUCGGGGGAGGUGCCGCUGGACUGGACGACGCUGGUGCGGCUGUUGCUGGGCGCGACGCGCGGGCUGGCGGGCAUCCACCGGGAGUACCGCGCGUCCGGCGUGCCCCACGGCAACGUCAAGUCCACCAACGUCCUGCUCGACAAGGACGGCGGCGCGCGCGUCGCCGACUUCGGCCUGGCGCUGCUCCUGAGCCUGGCGCACGCCAUCGCCCGGCUCGGCGGCUACAUGGCGCCCGAGCAGCAGGAUGACAAGCGGCUGUCGCAGGAGGCCGAUGUGUACAGCUUCGGCGUGCUAGUCCUGGAGGUCCCCGUCGGAGCAUGA